CAUAGACCCUUUGGUGGAGCUGGACUCCACUCUACUGAUUGCUUUCAGGGGACUGGGAAAUUUGCUGUACAUGGAACAAGGGAGGAAACUACCCAGUGAAAAACUGUAAGGAUAUAUGACAUUUGUACAAACGUGGGGUUAAGUCUUUCACAAAAGUGACCGUUGGCCCUACCAAGCCCACAGAAGACAGUGUUGCUGGAAGUGAGGACCUGCCGGUUCUCCAAGACGUGGUCUCUCUGAAGGAGCGGAUGGCAAGAUAUCAGGCAGCUGUUUCCAGAGGUGACUGCCGCGACUUCUUGGCUAAUGCGAUGGAAGAAUCAGAAGUUUGCACAGUGCCUGGGGGUUUGGCGAAGGUAAAGAAACAAUUUGAGAAGGACGAAAUGGCCUCUUCCUGCAAUACCUUUUCACAGUACAAAUACCAACAUGGGAACAGAUCUGAGCAGGAGAUAAUCCAUAGCAAUCAGCAAAUGAAAAGAAAUGAACACGAAGUUUCCACAGCACAUGGAAUUGAUGUUCUCCAAACAGAAAUGGUAACUACUUAGAAAAAUAAUAUUUGCCAAAUAGUUUCAGUGGAAGUUCUG